CCGGGAGACCCGGACUGCUCGUUCUCAGUGCUCGUGCGGGCAGUCCCAGGUGUGUCCGGCUCAGCAGCCCGGCGCAGUCGCCUCGCUCCCUCCCUCCCUGGCUUUCUUCCUCUCUGGCCGCUUCCACGUCCCCACGUCCUCCUCCCCACUCCCUCUCUUGCCACUUAAGUUUCCUGCGCCGGGAAUCCAACUGCGCCCAAGCCUAGGCUCCCGCUGAACCAAUUCCGAGUGCGACCCCGGCACUGGAUCGCCGACUUCGCCGGCACCGGACGAGGCAGCUGGACCGGUCCGCGUCCAAGCAUGGAGACGAAGCGUCAGGGAGGGCAUGUCCGGAGCGCCGGAGACGCCAGGCCCGAAUAGCUCCUUCAUGGAGCCUGCCCAGAGCGGUUCCUGCCCUCCGGCUUCUUCCCCGCUUCCGUGCGGCUGCUGAGAGCGCUCCUUGCUCUGUAAAGUGGAUGUCAGGUGGAUCUAUGUUUUUGAAGGAACAAAGACUCAGUGAAGGCACCGCCGAGGAAGUUUGAGACGCGGGAGGAUGCAGGCUGCGUGCUGGUACGUGCUUCUCCUCCUACAGCCCACCGUCUACUUGGUUUCAUCUGCCAAUUUAACAAAUGGUGGAAAAUCAGAACUUCUAAAAUCAGGAAGCAGCAAAUCCACACUAAAGCACAUAUGGACAGAAAGCAGUAAAGACUUGUCUAUCAGCCGACUCCUGUCACAGACUUUUCGUGGCAAAGAAAAUGAUACAGAUUUAGACCUGCGCUAUGAUACCCCAGAACCUUAUUCUGAGCAAGACCUCUGGGACUGGCUGAGGAACUCCACAGACCUUCAAGAACCUCGGCCCAGGGCCAAGCGAAGGCCCAUUGUUAAGACGGGCAAGUUUAAGAAAAUGUUUGGAUGGGGUGAUUUUCAUUCCAAUAUCAAAACAGUGAAGCUCAACCUCUUGAUAACGGGGAAAAUUGUAGAUCACGGCAAUGGAACAUUUAGUGUUUAUUUCAGGCAUAAUUCCACCGGUCAAGGGAAUGUAUCUGUCAGCUUGGUGCCCCCUACGAAGAUAGUGGAAUUCGACUUGGCACAACAAACUGUGAUUGAUGCCAAAGAUUCCAAGUCCUUUAACUGUCGCAUUGAGUAUGAAAAAGUUGACAAGGCUACCAAGAACACACUCUGCAACUAUGACCCUUCAAAAACCUGUUACCAGGAGCAGACACAAAGUCAUGUGUCCUGGCUCUGUUCCAAGCCCUUUAAAGUGAUCUGUAUUUACAUUUCCUUUUAUAGUACAGAUUAUAAACUAGUACAGAAAGUGUGUCCUGACUACAACUACCACAGUGACACCCCUUACUUCCCUUCUGGGUGAGGAUGAACUUGGGGAUGAGACUGAAGCCUGGAGAAUUAAAGGUCAUAUGACAGGGCUGUUACCUCAAAGAAGAAGGUCACAUCUGUUGCCUGGAAUGUGUCUACACUGCUGCUCUUGUCAACCAGCUGCAAAUAUGCUAGUGGAAAACAAUCUGAUGUAAUUUCUGCCCAGUCAGCUUCAUCUCUCAAUGUAGUUGCAAAUCACCACAGAUUUUAAAGCCACACUUGAUGACAUGCUCUCACACAUAGAUAUAUACACACACUCACAUGCAUUUCAGCUUGCACCUGUCAUGAUUCCUAUUGAGAGGGCUUUCAUUGUCUGACUCAUAAUAGUCCAGGAUAAACUAUCAUCAAGCAAAAAGGAUUAACUAGUCAGAGAAUGGUUUCUAACACUUGCUGUUAAGAAAUCUCUUUUGAAGUCUUGAGUACUUGGUAAUCGAUAAUCUUCACUCAUGCAUUCCUAUUGCUUGGAGUAGCUGUACUGGUAAAUAAUACUGUAGGAGUAUAUGCUUGUUAAAAUGGAAAAAAUGUGUCUCUAGAGCUCAGUAUUCUUUAUUUUAUAAACACAACAAAGUGUAGUAAUUUUUUCCCAGCAUACAGUAGGCACAUUCAAGGUGAUAAGAGAU